AUGACAGGUGCCGACCAGGGCGGCGAGGACACGGUCCGUGGCAAUGGCAAGAAGCGAGCCUCAGCAGGAGAUUCGAAUGCUCCGAAGCGCUCUCGAGUUUCGCGAGCCUGCGAUCAAUGCCGAGCAUCCCGAGAGAAGUGCGACGGGACGCAGCCAACAUGCCUGACAUGUACAUCGCAAGAUCGAGAGUGCACUUACCAUGAGCAGCCGAAGAAGCGUGGCAUUCAGCCCAACUAUAUCCGAACUCUGGAGUCCUCAUUGGCGUGGCUAUUCCAGACAUGGCCGCAGACCGAAGUGCUGUUGUCCGAGAAACUCGCAAAUGUGGACGACGAGACUCACAAGGCCCUCGCCGGAAAAGACGCACCUUCCGCUGAGACUAUGCACCGGAUGUGGCGAAAUGGGAUAGUCUGCAAGCAGAUAGACCAGGUCCUGUCCGGUGCCCCCAUUGACUCUCCCAAGAUUACAUUAGCCCAACAGGAUCUGCAGGAACGACUGGAACCUGUUCGUGCAAAUCAACAUGCAUCGGAGAUCUGGCCCCGGUCUGGCACCGACUCAAUGCCAUCACGCAAUGGCGGCCCUUCCCAGUACGAUGUGAACAGACCUGCUGCGGUGGAAAUUUUACGAGAGACGUGCUUGGAUCCUCAGCUUCAAGGGUCACUGACGCAUAACAUGAUUCUCAAGCCUAACGAGCUACACAAGCUUCCCAGCAGUGCAUGGAGCUUCCUAGACUACUUUGUUGCCUUUACGUACUCCUGGCUUCCGAUCACGGAUAAGCAGGAAAUACUGAAACUCAUGUACACCUUCCCACCGGAAGGACUAUCGAAGAUGGAUCUUGCCAAGUCAGCGAGCUAUGCUGAGUUGUUGUCUAUAAUGGCGCUCGUUGCUCUGCAGACCCACGACGAUUCCGAAAGUGACCGUCUGCGUGACAUAGUCUACGGCUUGCUGCCCUCAUACGCAAGCGACUUCAAGCUAAGCCACGUCAAGACUCUUUUGAUCUUGACUGUGGCAGAGGUUAUCAGAGAGCGGUGGCCUACCGCCUGGAUAGUUGUUGGGUGUGCUUUAAGACUCUCGCUGUUGGCACACUCUGACCCCAACGAACAACGCUUGAACAUUGUCGUGCAAGCCGCUGUGGUUCUCGAGACCACAAUCGCCGAUUAUUUGCAUCAGCAACCUCAAGCAUCGAUGAGGCAAAUGCAGGCUCUCGGAGAGGUCGCUGAAGAUGGGCUGGACGAAUGGUCGCUCUGGCAUGACCCACUCGAGCCCGUACUGGCGUCUAAAGCUCCCAUGCGAGCAUUCAGUACGUUCAAUGGUGUUGUCCGGCAGGCCUUCGCUGGUCUCGAAGCACUUGAACAGGCUUCAUCUGAUAGCCCGAUUCCACAAGCCAAAGUAGCAAGGACAGUGUCCUGCUUGCUGAGCAAUAGCGUCCUUGCAAAGGGCAGAAAGCAUCCUGCAGAUGUCUUAAGCUCCUCAAAUCAACCACCGGCCCGGGUGAAUUAUACACCCCAGAGUACAGCCAAUGGACAACAGGCAAGUCUUCCAUACCUCAGCAUACCAACAAAUGCUAGUAGCGACACAGCGGGCCUUACGCCCAUCUUACACUCUGAACACCAUGGCUUCUCCGAUGACUGGCUCAGCCAACCAUUACCGCCCAUGACGAGUGCUCUCGAGCAAUCUGCAUUUCAAGGCAGUGAUAUCUUCGAAGAGCUCGCCAUGCUGGAGCGUGCCGACUCUCGUCAACAGCCACAAUUCAUGCAGAAUCUGGGUUUCGCACCGGAUCUUGAUCUGGCUGAGUUCUUUGGUGCAGACUACCAACUAUCGGAUCCUGUCCUCGCCUACAUGCAACCUCCAAAUCUUGACUUGCCUUCGACAGUAGGUGCUGCAGUUGGAGACAAUGGUUGA